AUGGAGUUGUGCAACAAUGGCACUCUGGAGGAGCUCUCCAAGAUGAAGCUGUCCGAAGGUCAGAUCAAGAACUACUCCUACCAGAUCCUGCAGGCCAUAUUUGUGCUGCACGACCACAAGAUCGUACACCGAGAUGUCAAAGGUGCCAACAUCUUCCUCAUGCCAAACAACUCCAUUAAGCUCGGAGACUUCGGCUGCUCAGUCCGACUCAAGUACGCGAACACCACCAUGGGUGGGGAACUCAUGGGGCUGAUCGGGACGCCCGCCUUCAUGGCGCCUGAGGUGAUAACGGGGUCACGGGGUUACGGCAAGGGCGCUGACAUCUGGAGUUUCGGCUGCGUCAUUAUACAGAUGGCCACUGGAGAGAGACCCUGGCAUAACUUGGAAAAUAAGGUUCAAAUCAUGUACAAGGUGGGCAGUGGGGCCAUCCCUCGCAUACCAGACUCUCUGAGUCAGGAGGGCUUCGAAUUCGUGCAGCACUGCCUGGAGCCUGACGACACGAAGAGGUGGACUGCCAGCCAACUUCUCACUCAUCCCUUUGUCAAGUGGUCUCAGAGGAAGACCUUGAAAUGUGAUGACGAUGGGGUCUCAUCAUUGCGGAAAUAAAAAAAAUGAUGACGAAAAUGUUGGGGAUGAUGUACACAUGUAUAUUUAUUUUAUUUAUCGGAAUGUCAUUUGAAUGUUCACAGCGACAGACGUUCAGCAUACAUAUGUAUGAUUCUUACUUGAUUUAUUCUUAUUUUCAAUCCAUUAAUCAAUUGUUAUUAUUCUUUUCGUUUUUAUUUCUAUUCAUUUUUAGCUUUAUUUUUUUCUGUAAAUAUGUGAAUAUUAUUGAUUGUAAUGUUUGUGUGUAUGUGUGAUUGUGUAUGGUGUGUGUGAUUGUGUGUGGUGUGAUUGUGUGGUGUGAUUGUGUGUGUUUGUGAUUGUGAUUGUGUGUGUAAUUGUGUGUGUGUGUGUGAAAUAUUUCUAUAGAUUAGGUUUAUUGAAAUUCGCUAUUGGAUGUGGACCUUUACAUAGCAACAUGUACAUUGUUUGUAAAUAAAAAGACAGACACACACGCACGUGCGCACACAUACGCACACACACACACACAUGCCACACACACACGAUGUUUGUAGCUGUUUGAUAACCUCCAUCUUGUAGAAUUAUUGUGUAUUAAGCUAACGUAUUUCUAGUAUCUGCAGUCGCUCUUUAUAUAAUACAUAUCUAUACACACACACACAUAUAUACAUAUACACACAUACAUACAUAACACACAUACAUACAUGCAUACGUACAUGCAUACAUACACACAUACAUACACACAUACAAACAUGCAUACAGGAACGUGAUUGUAUAAAAACAUUGCAUAUAGACUAACAUAAAAAACAUGUUUGCCUCAGUGUAACGAAAUUAAAUAUCUAAUUUUUACAUUCACCUUUCAUGGAAUUAUUGAUUCUUUGAACUUAAAUAAUAGUAACAAUUAGGGAAU